AUGGCGAGCUACAUCUACAUCGCGUCGACGCCCACGGCCGACACAGGCGCUAGCCUGUUGCUCCACUUCGAUCAUCGACGGUAUCUGUUUGGCAACCUCAGUGAAGGGACGCAGCGAGCCCUGACUCAACGCAAGUUCUCCCUCGCCAAGAUGGAGACCAUUUUCAUAUCUGGCCAGACCAAGUGGGCAAACACGGGUGGCAUGAUUGGUAUGCUCCUCACCAUUGCCGACGUUGUGGAGGGCAGCCGGAGAGAGAUGCAAGCCCAGUCCGACGAAAAGAAGAAGAAGGCGAGGAAGCAGGAGGCCUUUGAGCGCCUCGAGAUUCACGGUGCCCAAAACCUGAACUAUUCCAUCGCGACAGCCCGGGGUUUCGUCUUCAGAAAGGGUAUCCCGAUCCGCGCCAUGGAGCUGUAUCAAGACCCGAGAUUGGCAAACCCUGGAGGCUCCACGCCAGAUUGGGAGGACGACGCGAUCCAAGCCUGGAAGAUUCCCAUCUCCGCCGGCCAGCCGUCGUCUCCUUCGGCCUAUGGCAAGUCACGUAAGAGAAGCCACGAGGUCAUGACGGCGGAAGACGACGCCGCCGUCGCCACGUCGCAGACAACACCAGCCACCGACGUCGCCGCGGAUUCGGCAACAAGCGAACAACAGAAGAUCACCAACCGAGAGGCCGUUGAGGCCGUUGUGCAAGAAAUGUUCAGCUCGGACUGGGCCAUGGACCAGCUCUACGAGACGAAGCUUUCCCAGGUCAAUCUUCCCGCCACUAUCUUCAUCAGGGAGAACGGCCAGAUACAAAAGUACAAGGGUCCCAUGCCGGGGGAUGAGGGCGAGGUGCCUGACCUUGAUGUUCUCGUACGGUACCCCUGGCCAGCGACCAAGGUCCGUGAUCUUCCCGACCCCGAACGGUCAACCUCGGCCGUCUGCUACGUCGUCAAGAACAGAGGCCGCAGGGGCAAGUUCGACCCGGCCGCUGCCAAGGCACUGGGGGUCGCUCCAGUCGACUUCAAGCACCUCACCAACGGUCAGACGGUCAAGGGAAAGACGGGCAACGACGUGACGCCCGACAUGGUGCUCGGGGCGCCGACGAAGCCCGUUGGCUUUGCCAUCAUCGACAUCGCGAGCACGUCCUAUAUCGAAUCGUUCCUCGGCAGACCAGAAUGGAAGAACGCAACGCUCAUGGACAACGUGCCCGCCUUCUUCUGGAUCCUCGGCCGCUCGGUGAUUGAUGACGCGCGCAUCCAGAACUUCAUCAGGGAGCGACCCCACAUCCGGCACACCAUCAUGGCCCCGGACGUCAGCCCGAACAUGGUAGCGAUGGAAUCCUACGGCCUCCUCCACGCCAAGCUGCGGCGCAUCGACCCUGAGCGUUUCCCGCCUCUCCAGGCGGACAACACUGUUCGGGAUCUCUCGCACAUUGGUUCCAACGUCGAGGCUGCGCGUGUCGGCAUGAAGGCUGUCCUGGGUGCGAAAAUCAAAGCAGUGAAUGAUGACAUUGUGCCGUUCCCUACGUUCAAGGAGGCUUCCAACAUCGACGGCGGGGCCCUGCGGAUGGCUGCCCACGCCGCGGCCAAGGUUAGGAAGCCUGCAUUUUUGGAGGAGGUGCAGCGGACGGAGCAAGACAUCCCCAACCGCGACACCGAGAUCAUCCCGCUAGGCACCGGAUCUGCUUUGCCGUCCAAGUAUCGCAACGUCUCGGCGACCUUGAUUCGCGUGCCGCAGUACGGCAACUAUCUUCUCGACUGCGGCGAAAACACGCUUGGCCAACUCCGCCGCGCGUUCCCGGCCGAGGAGGUCGUCAAGAUCCUCCGAGAAACCCGGUGCGUUGCCAUCAGCCACAUCCACGCCGACCACCAACUCGGACUCGCAAGCUUCGUUACAGCCUGGGCCGAAGCGACGGCUGCUCUGGACCACCUGCCCAGGCUUGGGAUUGUAGGCCCUCUCAGCAUCCAAAACUUCCUGUUGGAGUACAACCAGAUGGAGUGGAUGGACUUGAGACGUUUGGAGUUCAUCCGGAAGCACAACAUCUUCCCCUACGGCGACGGCCGCCUGCCGGAGGACUCGUGCACUCGCCUCGCCUCUGUCCAGCUGGUUCCUGUCCGUCACUGCCAUCACUCGUAUGCCGUCGUCCUCGCGUGGCCGUCGGGCCUCAAGAUCGCCUACUCGGGCGACUGCCGGCCCAGCGACGACCUCGUCGAAGCCGGCAAGGGCGCCACACUUCUCAUCCACGAGAGCACCUUUGACGACGACAAGCAGGGUGACGCAUUGGCAAAGAAGCACUCAACCAUGUCCGAGGCCCUCGAUGUCGGCUACCGCAUGGGCGCGCGCCGCGUGCUGCUGACGCACUUCUCCCAGCGCUACGCCAAGAUCCCGCUGGUCGAGAAGCGGACGACGGAGACGGGCGCCGACCAGACGGUUCUGAUGGCCUUUGACCAGAUGAGGGUCAAGCUGGGCGAGUUCCGUCAGGCUCAGGCGUUUCUGCCCGCCAUCCGGCAAAUGUUGGACGCCGAGGAGGCUCCCAAGGCGGACGAGGCGGAAUAA